ACACGAGAGAGAAAGAAAGAAAGAAAAACCGAGAGAGAAGAUGGGUGAUCACUUGGAAAUCCGGAUCGAGCAGGGAUUCCAGCUCAAUCCGACCCCGGAGAAGCUGAUCAAAGGCUACCUGAUUCCGUGGGUAACGGGGCAGAAUCCGAUAUGGAACGGUGUCGUUGAGAAGGCGAUCUACGGUGACAGCUUCCCGUGGGAGAUUUUCAGCGAUAUCGAGUCGCUUUACCACUCGAAGAUGGAGGAGAAGGGCGCCAUCAAGUACACCAUCUUCGCCUUCACUACGCUGGUAAGGGCUCGAAAUUCCAAGAGGGUUUCAAGAAAGGCCGGGAAGGGCACGUGGGAUGGCCAGACUGGCCCCAUGAAGAUUGAAGACUCCAACACCGGUUUUAUCAUCGGCCAAUCCAAGAUGCUCACGUUCGGGAACUCAGGCAAGGCGGACGUCGGCCAUUGGAUUAUGCAUGAAUAUUCUCUUAGUAAGGAGUUGGUUAAGAAGAGCGGCCGAGCAAACGCCGCCGAUCUUGUCGUAUGUAAGAUCACUAAAACUGUCAAGAAGGACAAAUCCGAUCACAACACAAAUCAGGGAUUUUUUAACGGAGAUUAUCAAGUCCAAUGUGCGCAACCAGAAUCGUACGACGAUGGUUCAAAUUAUGAAAGAUUCGCACCGGCCACAAGUGAGUCACCCGCGGGGAUCGGUCACCGUGACCGUUAUGAUGCUCCUGCUGCGCAACCAGAGCCGAAUGUUGACGGUUCGAAUCAUAUGAGACUUGCGCCGGACACAACUGAGUCACCGGCGGCGAUUGGUUACAAUGACCGUAAUGAUGCAAUGGCUGCGCAACCAGAGUCGAAUGGCGAGAGUUGCAAUCUUGUGAGAUUCGCGCCGGAAACAAAUGAGAGAUUUUUUAACGGUGAUUAUCAAGUCCAAUGUGCGCAACCAGAAUCGUACGGCGAUGGUUCAAAUUAUGAAAGAUUUGCGCCGGCCACAAGUGAGGGAUUUUCAUCGGAAUAUAUAGGCAACAACGGCGAUUAUCAAGUCCAGGCUGCGCAACCAGAAUCGUAUGACGAUGGUUCAAAUUAUGCAAGAUUUGCGCCAGACGGAAAUGAGGGAUUUUCAUCGGAAUACAUAGGCAACAACGACGAUUAUCAAUUCCAGGCUGCGCAAUCACAAUCGUAUGACGAUGGUUCAAACUAUGCAAGAUUUGUGCCGGACAUAUAUGAGGAAUUUUCGUCGGAAUAUAUAGGCAACAACGGCGAUCAAGUCCAUGCCGUGCAACCAGAAUCGUAUGACGAUGGUUCAUAUUAUGCGAGAUUUACACCGGACACAAACGAGUUUUUGUUACCAGCAAAUGAAGUUCCAUUUGCAAAUCCCGGUUUUGAUCCGUUUGCGCAACCCAAUAUUGUUCCGACUGUGCAACAAUCCGAUGAGAGACAUGCGCCGCUGCAACCGUCGGAGGACGCAACUGUAUCAAUGAAGAGGGCGGCGGAGGUCGAAGAUUCAGAUAUGAAAAGACAGAAAUGCGACGGCAAAGAAUACUCAGAUGCUAAUCCUGACUGGAUGACGGAAUUUGAAGAUUUGUUCCCUUCAGAUUUUCACCAACUAAUGGAGGCAGAGACGAUGCCAAAUCCUGAAGGUUCCGGUGAUGGAUGGGUUCCGCAACCGAUGAUCACACAUGGGGCGAAUGCAUUUGAUGUCUCGGUUCCGACCGAAGAACAACAAAGAAUUUAAUUUAAGUUUAAUUAAGUAUUCGCAUUGAAAAAGAAUUAUGUAAUACGUUUAAGUGUAUAUUUUGUGACGAUGAAGAGCAUCGGCUUUGAGUCACCAAGGGGGGAAAUGGGGAACCAUUAUCGAUCCUCUUUAAAUAUACAUAUACUUUUUCUA